CCGGAAAUACGCGCGGGGGAUUGAGCCUGUUGGCGGGAGUUUGUCUCGGUAGCGAACUAGCGCUCAGUGCAUCUUUAUCCGUGGUGAAAAAUGCAAGCCUUUCUAAAAGGAGCUGGUGUGAUCGGCACUAAACCCUCAAGAGAGAAAAGUGCAGCAGGAACCAGUGGUGAAAACAAGAAGCAAAAAUCCGUGCCGUGGGUGGAAAAAUAUCGGCCAAAAUGUGUGGCUGAAGUUGCGUUUCAGGAGGAAGUUGUGUCUGUGCUAAAGAAGUCCCUGGAAGGAGCAGAUCUUCCCAACCUGCUUUUUUAUGGGCCUCCUGGGACAGGAAAAACUUCUACGAUAUUGGCUGCAGCAAGAGAACUCUUUGGACCUGAACUUUACCGCAAGCGAGUUCUUGAGCUUAACGCCUCUGAUGAACGUGGGAUCCAGGUUGUGCGAGAAAAGGUGAAAAAUUUUGCACAGUUGGCAGUAGCAGGAUCUCGUACAGAUGGGAAACCUGCUCCUCCAUUUAAGAUUGUCAUCUUGGAUGAAGCUGACUCCAUGACAAGUGCUGCACAGGCUGCCCUUCGGCGCACAAUGGAAAGGGAGUCAAAAACCACACGGUUUUGUCUCAUCUGCAAUUACAUCAGCAGGAUAAUUGAACCAUUGACGUCACGUUGUUCCAAAUUCCGGUUUAAACCUUUGACAGACAGUAUACAAGAAAAGAGGCUGCGUGACAUCUGUGAAAAGGAGAAUGUCGAAUGCGACAAUGAAACAAUCAAUAUGCUCAUCAAUGUAUCAGAAGGUGACUUAAGGAAAGCAAUAACUUACCUUCAAUGUGCAUCAAGACUUACUGGAGGAAAAGACAUUACUGAGCAAGUCAUCAUUGAAAUUUCUGGAACAGUGCCAACUGAUAUAAUUGAUGGUCUUUUAGCUGCUUGUCACAGUAGUUCAUUUGAGAAACUGGAAAUCAUGGUAAAGAACGUGAUUAAUGAAGGUUAUGCUGCAACGCAAUUAAUCACCCAGCUACAUGAUGUCAUCGUUGAUAAAGAUGAUCUUAAUGACCAACAGAAGUCUGCCCUCACACUAAAAUUGGCAGAAGUUGACAAGUGCUUGGCUGAUGGCGCUGAUGAGUAUCUGCAGAUGGUCGCUCUUUGUGCAGUUAUUAUGCAACAGUUUACACAGUAGUUGUUAAACCUUUUGAGCUACAGAACUUAUUUCUUAUUAAUCAAGAUGUGUAAGUACAAUUUACACCAUGAAGACCCAAACCACAUGUUGAAUCUGAUGACAUUUUUGAUCUAUAUAAAUUCUUUAAUACUGCCAACAUACCCAAUACAUUAGUAAGACUUACUGCAUGUACAUGUUUGGAAUUGUUUAUGAUAUUGUGAUUAUUAUGCACCUUCAGUGCACAGAAAAAUAAAUCUUUUAACUCAAAUUUGGCCCAAGCUUAGAAUCUUUAAACCAAGUUUUUGAUCCUCUCGUCAUUCUUCAGGGAAAAAGUCAGGCUUUACCUAUGAGUAUUAGUUAGUACAUGCAUAUUUUUGUACCUUUGUGCGUGUCUCAACAAAGUAGUAGUGAUUAUUCCUUCUAUCAAACUUAUUGCUUGCACACUAAAGUCAAAGCUUUGGCGGUUCAAAUCCCACUCAAGUUACUAUCUGCAUUGCCAAACCAGCUGUAGGCUUUGUCCAUUUCUGUUCAUCCUGCAGCAAUUCAAGUACAGUAAAAUUCAGGAUGCAUUGUGGUUAAAAUAUAAACUGCCUUCUUUGGUCUGGGAUUGUAAUUAAUGUGAGUAGCUAGAAGCAUAGCUUUUGCCUGCAUUCUGAAAAGGAACUAGCAUCCUUUUGGCUACAGCUAACUUAAGUUUUUUAAAACCUUUUUUCAUUGCUUUCAGUCAGGAUGAGGAUUUUAAGCUAUUAAAGUUCCAUUGGUAGAAAGAAAAACAAUCUCAAUUUCCUGUCCCAUUUAUCAGUACAUAACUACCAGCUUUCUAUAAAUCUAUAUUUUAAGCCACUGCCUGUUAGGUGACUAGAAUAAAAACAUUGCAUUAUCAGAACCCCACAAAUUUAACAUUAGCAGGCACGGAUUCAUCUCACUAAUUUGUUUAUUAUAGAACAUAUAGCAUCCCCAUUCACUGGAAUUUUAAGCUUGCACCUCAUGACCCUCAUCCUUCAGUUACAGUAAUAUGAUCCCUGCUUAACCACCCCUAGAGAAAAAUCACCUUCAUACAUUGGUCAGCUACACCUGUGCAACAUUAGAUUUGUCAUUUUUCUUGACCAAGAAAUAAACACCUAUAAGGUUUCCAAUUUUUGUUUUUACCAAAUUAGCAGUUGUCAUACCCUUUUCAAAAAUUACGGCAAAAAUUGCAGUUACA